CCUAAUGGAUUGGAGUUUAAAACUACAAAUAAAUGGGAUCUAAUACUUGGAUGCAUCUAUCCUUCUAUUUAUUGUCUGUGAUUGGUCUUGGUUUAAAGGGGACUGGAGUAAAUCUUCAACAAUCAAUGAUAAAUUGACAUUUUUCACCCUGUAGAAGUCAUAAGAGCCAACCACAGGGCAACACACAGACAUAUAGGUAAAACACCAGUGCAUACACACUAUUAAAAAAAUGCAAUUUAGGGAAACCAACUUCACUUAACACCAGUGUUUUGGAUGGUGGGAGAAAGCUGGAGUACCCAGGAAAACAUGCAUGCAGAGAGAGAACAUUCAAGGUCCACGUGUUCUUGCUGUGAGGCAACAGUGCAAACAACUACUCCACUGUGCACCGUGCUUUGAUGCAGCAAUUUCAACACGAGCACCAGUAAGAACAUGUCAGCCCACAAUAACACAAGUACAAGAACAAUCCAGGAACAAAACACAACGUAGUUAAUGCAUACCGAUUAUUGAAACAUUUAGGCAAUAAAAUGACAGAAAACCAAGGGCAACACUAACAUGUUGUUCAGUGUUAGAUCUACGUAUGUUUCUUUUAAGGCCAUGUUUGUUGCCAGUUUAAGGGGUGUUGUGGAGACACAUGAAGAAAAUGUUAAUAAAUUAAACAAGGUAUUUUAACUAAAAAUUUCUUAGUAUCGUUAAAGAAUAUCCAUUUUCAAUUCCUAUCACAGCCACUAGAGGCUGUACAUUCCUUGAUAUUCUCUGAAGGAAGGGGAAAAUGGUGGCUUCAGUCCUGCCAGACUUAUUUGACUAUCACACUCACGUCUACUUUACAUACAGUUGGAGAGCCAUUAAUUUGGUAUUAAUAUGUGACACUGCGUCAGACUCUUGAUCCUCUCUUUUGUGCUUGUUGGUAGUAGGAGCUUUUGAGCUUUUCAGAGGUGUACAAACUUUGGAAACCUAGCUUAAAUAGAAAAGUUAUGUUUUAAUGGAGCAAAAGAGUGAAAUCUAACGUGCAUAUGCUGAGAUCAAGAUGGGAGUAAGCAAUGGAUUAACUUUGCUGGAAGGAGAAGUGACUAAAGCCGCCCAAGGAAAAACUUCAUUCAGUGACCACAGACAGUUGGCUCAUUACUUAUCUCUGCUCUGCUUUCUGCUCACCAUCGUGGUUCUGUUGCAGACUCUCUGCUUGGUUCAGAUUAUGUUGACUUCUCAGUCUCAGUCAUCUCUACAAGAAAACAAACUGCAAGAAAUGACAAACAGGCUGGAGACGCUGAACCAGUCCCAUCACCUCCUGUUCACCCAGUAUCCUGCUCUGAACCAGUACUGUCCCAUCAACAACUCUUCCACUGGUGAGAGAAAGUGCAGACCAUGUUUGAUUGACUGGACACUUCAAGGAGAGAAAUGUUUCUACUUCAGUGAGGAUAGAGCUGACUGGAUCAGUAGUCAGUACCUCUGCAUGUCACUGGGAGGCGCUGUGGCUACAAUCAAGACAGAGGAGGAGCAGGUGAUCAUAGACAUCUCUCCCUCUCAAAAAAAGAUUUAG